GAAGAAGUGGAAGCAGAAGACAGGCAUGGCGUACACGGCGAAAAUUGGUCCUUCAAUAUUGAGCAGCGAUUUGUCGCAGCUCGGACGGGAAUGUGAGCGGAUGAUGGAGUGCGGUGCGGAUUAUCUGCACCUUGACGUUAUGGAUGGGCAUUUUGUUCCUAACAUAACAUUUGGCCAUCCGAUGGUGGAGUGUUUACGGCACUCUAUUGGCCCUGAUCCAUUUUUUGACAUGCACAUGAUGGUGUCCAGGCCAGAGCAGUGGGUGAAGCCCAUGGCGGCAGCAGGAGCAAAUCAAUACACUUUUCACUUAGAAGCUACAACCAACCCUGGCAACCUUAUCAAGGAAAUCAGAGAGAGUGGUAUGAAGGUUGGUCUGGCCAUCAAACCUGGAACGACAGUUGAGGAAUUAGCACCGUGGGCCGGACAGAUCGAUAUGGCUCUUGUCAUGACAGUAGAGCCUGGUUUUGGGGGUCAGAAGUUUAUGGAUGAUAUGAUGCCGAAGGUGAGCUGGUUAAGAAGUCAGUUCCCUUCUUUGGACAUCGAGGUAGAUGGAGGAGUUGGUCCAGAUAGCAUCCAUAGAUGUGCUGAGGCUGGAGCUAACAUGAUCGUGUCAGGCAGUGCUGUGGUGAGCUGCGAUGACCCCCGCUCUGUAAUCGCCCUUCUCAAAAAUGUUGUUAGUGAGGCCAUCCAGAAGCGCUCUUUGGACCGCUGACCAUCUACACUUUCAACCUCAAUCUGUUUUCAAUCACCACUGAUAGUCAGUAUCUUUGUUGAAGUUCCGAUUUAAAUACAAAUAGUUGUUGGUGCUUGUGAAUGGAAGGGAAACAAAACAUGAUGUGCCAAUGCCGUGUUUGCACAUCUGGACACUCUGCCAAGAGUUUUGUUUUGAUUCAACAGGAGCUUCCCGAUGCUUUCUUAAAGGAACUGCUUAGCUUCCCAGCAAUUUGACCAUUCAUCUCUUUAGGUUUGAUCUGUUGGAUCAAACCAAAUUAUGACCUCAUAGUAGCAGUUGUGCGGCACAAGGUUACACCGCUGAUGGUAAAGCUGCUUAUGCUCUGUUUUAUUUAAACAGUUAUGCAUUUAGUGUCAUGAACGGGUUUGUUGAUAUUAAGCUGACAAUGACAUGGGAGCCGAUUCUAUGAGACUCAUACUGUAAUCAUUCACUGCAGGGCAUUACCGUUUCUAUCAAUUUUGACUGUCUAUUGAACAUUCCAAAAGACUUUUAUUUUAAAGGACUUAGUAUGUCUUUAAGUCUCUGUUCUGAUAAUAAUAAAAUGACACAUACAGCAAACUGUUUCAGACAUUAACAUGAUCAUGUUUGACUUCAUCUGUUAGCACAAAGUACAAUUUUUAACACAUACAUUAACA